AUGACAGACAAGCCUGCGCCGCUGCCGACGCAGACCGCCCUUCCCAGUCAGACCCCCGUCCUCGCACCAGCUGCACCCGUCGUCCGGAACGAGGUCGCCGCCGCCAACGCUGCAGAGACGGUGGAGGAAGAGCCCUACACCAUCAAGUGUAUUUGCAACUUCUCUGACGAUGACGGAAACACAAUAUACUGCGAGACGUGCGACACCUGGCAACACAUCGAUUGCUUCUACCCCAACAAUAGGGACGAGGCAAUACGCGAGGAUUUUGCGCAUUCGUGUGCCGAGUGCAAGCCGCGCCCUCUAGACCGGCAAAAGGCAAUUGAGCGUACGCUGCGGCUCAGGAACGCCGUCCUCAAGGAAGAGCCCGUCGACAAGAAGUCCAAGCGACCUCCAUCCAAGAGCCAUAAGAAAAAGGCUAAACCUGCCGACCUCCAGACUAGCAUCCCUCAAGGCUCAUCCGAGGCCGCAAAGCACGGCAGCCCAAGCGAGCAGCAGCAUGCCUCGAAAAAAGCGAAAUCCUCGCAUCGCCCUUCACACUCCGUUAGCUCCCAGCCGUCGAAACGCAGCCCUUCGUACGGAAACCCGCGGCCGAACCUCGCCCAUCCUCCCAGUCCCGCGACCACGCCGCCCGAUCUCCCCGACGACUUUCAAAUCCACCACUACUCUGCCGGCUUCUGCUCGCUGUACAACGAGCAGGAUGUCCCUGACACCCACAACAAUGCGUUCGCCAGCCUUGCCAUCCCUACCGCGCUCUCCCGGUGGCUGCGGGAGCCGGAUACGAUGAAGCAAGAGGUUGGGCGCACACAUGCCGAGGUUUUCCAGACUCUGCCGGCCAACGCCGACAAGACCAGGCCAAAGCUGGAAGUCAAGGACUCGACUCGCUCCCUGAAUCCUGCAACGACGCUUCGAUGGCGGUCUGUCAAGUCGACGGCGGCCGUCGAAAAGGACGUGCCCAUCAUCGAGUUGAACGGGGAGAUUGGCUUCCAGAAGGAUUACUGCGUGGACCCCGACAACCUAUGGGCUGAUCUUUCAUCACCUCUCCCCUUCGUCUUCUUCCACCCCAUCCUCCCCCUCUACAUCGACACCCGGAAAGAGGGUUCUUUGGCGCGCUAUGUCCGGAGAAGCUGCAAGCCCAACGCACAGUUGGACACGUACCUCUCCGACGGCUCGGAGUACCACUUUUGGCUCGUGAGUGAUCGCUACAUCUCGGCGAGUGAGCAGAUUACACUUCCGUGGGACUUCCGACUCGAGAAGAGCGUCCACACUCGCUGGCUUCAUCUCCUUGGCCUGAGCGACGAUGACCUGGCGGCGCAGGACGAACCGGAAUUGGACGCAUCCGAAUACACGGCUAUAUCCAAUUGGAUUGAUAGAAUCUUGUCCGAGUACGGCGGAUGCGCAUGCGAUUUAGACAACAACUGCGCCUUCGCCCGGUUUCACCGCCAUUAUUUGUUCGGCAAAAAUCAGGGCCGGUCGGCCAAGAAGCGGUCGCGAAAGUCGCGGAAUCGCACCAUUUCUCCCACCAGCACCAGUCAUGCUACCAACAGUCGUGCCGCUAGCGAGGGCCACGUCAACGAUAAUGCGGACAUUGAUGCUAAGAACGACUCGAACCCAUCGCGCAGCAAGCCUCCCAGUAGGGACCGGACGCCUCUGCAAGGGCAGUUUGACCAGCUCGGCAUACUCACGGAACCAACCGAUCGUGAUAAAAGAAAGGUGGCAAUGGUGGAAGACUCGUUCCGCCGCAUGGAGCAACAGCAGCCGCCGAGAAAGAAGAAGCGUGUGUCAGACGGCGCUGUCACUUCCACUUCCACGUUGACAAAGCCCAAAUCUCGGAACGGUUCCGCUGCACCCCCGGGGCGCUACGCGGACGCCGGCACUUCAAGCAGGAGCAAAUCGGACUCUCCACUGGGGCAGGACCCUGCCGGCCUGCGGCCGACAUACUGCGACGUCUCUGUUCAAACAGAUACAGUGGAGGGCGAGUGGUUCAGUGAAUCUUGCAAAUCACAAGCCAACAAGAAGAGAAUCAUUUCGCUCUCCAAGCGGUUACUGAACAGCAGACUCAAGAACCGUACGGGCGAGGAAGGGCGCAAGCGGCGGAGCCUCUCGGGGCAAACGUCGGCUGGAACGGUAACCGAUGUCGAAUCACCAACGGCCGACCUGAAGCCGUCGGUUCCAAGCUCUCUGGCGGAUCCUCAGUCUCCCAAGUCACAAUCUGGGGACGUGCACGCAUCCGACUCACCGCAAGCAGCGACAGCAGAGGCCGCCGUACCCACGACCGCACCCACGACGACAGUGGCCAUUGCUGCAGCCACGGGCGGAACGGCGCCGGAGCAAAUAAAGAUCAAGACUCCAGAUCUCCGAGUUCAGAUGCCUCCCGUCCCAACCUUCGAUGGUGGCGGGGUCGUCACAACGCCUCUCUCGGCUUCAAGCACAACCAUCCAUUCACCCAUCGUGGGCGGGCUACCGAGCCCGUUUGCGCCGCCGGCGGUCAACGGCAUCGCAAUCAACCCGAGCCCGAUCAAGAAAAAGCUCAGCCUAAGCGACUACACCAAAAGCAGGAUGAACAAGGCCGCAGGCAAGAUGGUCGGGGGAUCCGCCGUUCUCAAGCCCGGCUUGGCCAGCCCGGAGGAAAUCAAGGUAGACGUUUCCUUGGAACCGCAGCCCAUUGAAACAUCUGACGAGGUGGUCUCCCCUUCAACCUCAGCCCCGGCGACCAACGGUCUUUGA